AUGUCAUACAACGCCCUUUGCAUUGGUCAUAUAUUACUUGUUUUCUCAGCAGUGGCCUCCGCCUCCGAAGAGAGUUACAAAAUUGACAGAUACAAAGCGGACCGGAAACUUGACAAAGAAGGUGCCAUAGCUUUGUGCAAGUUGCGGGAUGUGCUCACCAACAUUUCCGAGGAAACCACGGACUACCUCGUCGAAGAAGUCCAAAAGAUGGGGGAAAGCCUCAAGACGGACAUGGACGCCAUCAAUUACUAUGUUAAGCGGGUGCGGAGCCUUAAGGAAAGCGGAAGGGAGGAUGCAAAGAUAAAUGAGAGUGACAGUAACGAGAUCGACAGUUUGUGUAAAGAGGCCAAAGCGCACGCAAAUAAAAAGAGCAGAGACCAAGUAGAUCAGACAGUGGCGAAGAUCAGAAGGGUGUCUGGAAUUGUGAAGGAUGCAGCAACGAAGACACUCGGUGAUGAGAACGAACUUGAGGACCACGACAACGCCGAUGGUAUCUUCAAAGUUUUUAACUGGCACUGCGGUGGUGACAGAAUUGGGGAGGUUCACGCAGGAAGUCAGAGUUGUGAUGUGAUUGGAUUCCGAAAGAAUUUCUCAGCGGGUCAGAGGAAUGUCAUAUCCUGCAAAAAGUGGAAAGAUGAAUAUGGAGAGACUAUACCUCACGAAAAUGUCACUGUGACACAAAUGGAGAGCUACCUGUCGAGGUGGUUUGAAGCAAGGCCAAAGAGGGUGGGCGAGGAUAUCUGCAAAGAUGGUGAGUACCAUUCUCCACACUCCUGCACCGUAUGGGAAGGAUGGGUGACCGGCUACGAAGAGACAAUGGAAAAGAUGGAAGAGCUUCGAAACAACAUAAAGAAGCUCAACAGAAUUCGUUACGACGGGGAGACACAACUAUGGGUGCUGUACGAACUCUUCGAAGCACUUCGGAACCCCGAGACUGUGGGGCCCCUUCCGGAAGUAUUAGAAAACAUCAAUAAGACGAAAAAAUCGCGUCUAAAGAAUAAGAGUGUGGGCAACAACCUCACACAAUACACGCUUCUUGAUGAAGACUUCCAGGUAAAUGAGACGGAACGCGAACAUGUGGACGAGGCGCGCGAUUAUUUUGCGGCCGCUAACUUCGCUAAGUUGAUGAUGUAUAUAUUCAUCCCUGUUGGAGCUGUGCUGAUCCUUGUCGUGGCGGUAACGAUAAUAGUGAUAAAGCGCAAAUGUGCCGAUGCCAGCAAUGCAGAAAGCAUGGCUGGAACGCUACCGGGAGACAAGGUAAUCUGA